AUGAGCCUGCAAGCCCCACCCACACUGCUGCAGCUGGCUGUGCAGAGUCUGGUGAGGAAUGAGGAAGCAGCAAUCUCUGCUCUGCAGGACCUGCCAAUGGACCUCUUCCCACCAUUGUGCAAGGAGGCAGACACUCAGAGAAAAGCAAAAAUGAUUAAGGUCCUGGUGACAGACUGGCCCUACCCUUGCCUUCCUGUUGGGUUACUGAUGAGCAACCCCAGUUUAGCCACCUACCAGGCUAUGCUGGAUGGAGCAGACACGUGGCUGACACGGAAGUUUCGCCCCAGGAAGCAGAGGCUCCAAGUGCUUGACUUGAGGAAAGUGUACCAUGACUUCUGGGAUGUGUGGGCUGGGAGAAGAGGCAGAGACCACUCAAUAAAAAGUGUGCUUGAGAUGCAAGUCAUGAAGGGCCAUUCUAAGAAGACGCAGAGGCGGCACCUGAAGGUGGUCAGUGACCUCUCCUUUAAGUCUUCUCUCAAUGAACACCAAACACAGUUGUUGGAGUGGGCAGAGAAGAGAAAGGGUUCCCUGCAGCUGUGCUGCGUAAAGAUGGAGAUUGGGCCGUUAGAAGUCUCCAAGGUCAAGAAGGUGUUACGGUUUUUACAGCCAGAGUUCAUCAAAGAGUUGGAACUGAAUUCGGUGUCGAGGCUAUCCGCGCUGGCAGAUUUUGUACCUUGCAUCGUCAAGAUGAGCAAUCUUCAAAAACUCAUGCUGGUCCGCAUCUUCAGAAGGAACACUACGACGCAUGCGGGGGAGAGGAAUAUCGGCAAAAUCAUUUCUGUGUUCUCCAAACUCAACUGUCUCCGGCAUCUCACGAUAGAAGACGUCUAUUUUCUCAAAGACCACCUGGGACAGUUGUUCGGGGGCCUGAAGGCCACCUUAGAGUCCCUGUCCAUCAAGCUCUGCAAGCUCUCACAGUCAGACUUGGAGGCAUUUUCCCAGGAUUGGAACCACUGCCAGCUCAAACAUCUGUCCCUGAGAGGUGUCGCUCUAACUACAUUGAACGUCACACCUCUCAAAGUUCUUUUAGAGAGAGUGGCAGAUACUCUGCACACUCUAAAAUUAAAAGACUGUGGCAUGAAGGACUCUCACCUCAGUGUCCUUCUGCCUGCCCUGAUCCGAUGCACCCAGCUCACCAGCAUCAAUUUCUAUGACAAUGACAUCUCCAUGGCCGCCCUGAAGGACCUUCUGCACCACACAGCCAACCUGAGCCAGCUGACCCAGGAGCUAUACCCUGCUCCUGUAGAGGUCUAUGAUGAGGCGAGUUAUGUCCUGGCAGAGAGAUUCUCUCACUUUUGUGCUGAACUCAUGAACACGCUCGUCGCUGUAAGGCAGCCCAACUCAGUCUGCUUCGGUUCCUAUGCCUGCUAUGACUGUGGUAUGCGAUACAUCUAUGAAACAAAGACUGAACCUUGUGACUGCUUGCAGUAA